AUGUCGACGAUGCAACUUCAUGUUCUCAGACCCGCUUCCUUUUGUAUCUCUCGAUCAUCUUCCUUCACCGCCAUGGAACCUCAACCUUCUCUGUCUGUCUCACUUCGACGUUACGGUUUUCGGAACCUAACUUCGUUUCAUUCUCAGAUUUUUCUCAAUCGAAGAUUUCGUUCAAACUCCACCUUGCAACAUGUUCGCGGUUGCGUUCUCAAGCAUUCACAGAAGGAAAAUAGAAAAGACGAUAAGAAGAUGGAAGAACCAUGUGCGGUGCUUACCUGCCGGAAAUUGUCUGGCGCGUCCUCAAUUUGUGACUCAUUUGCAGAUGCGGAUUUGUUGCACGUUUUGUUGCAGCAAGAUGAUGAUUGGAGAUGCAAGAUGAUGAUUGGAGAUGCAAGAUGUUGA